AUGGCGCAUAAGGAAAAUAGUGACGCGGCGGUGAUGAUAGCAGUUCCCCUAAAUGAGGUGCAUUAUACUGGUGUGAGGAAGAUGCCAUCAGGGAGGUACAUAGCUGAGACCAGAGAACUCGGCCAAGGGACACAUAUCUUGCUCGGGACUUUUGAUACGCCGGAGGAAGCUGCUUUGUUCUACGAUCUAGCCAUUCGGUUGUUAUGGGGCCACAUUUUCGUAAAUAAUUUUCCUCAGACAACUGGGGAUUACCGUCAAAAUGCUAACUAUGGUGGCGCUAACGACGACAAUGGGCAUGAGAUCCAGAGUCAGCUAGAGCCUCUCAAUCUUGAGCUUUCCCUUGCUCCUCCAGGGAGCAUGUGA